UCAAAUCGGUUUCUUUUCCAUUGGCUCGCAUCUAAAAUCCGUUGGAAUGAGAAAAAAGCUUCAUCUAUAGACAUUCAUGAAAGAUAUUCAUGAGUGAUAUCGUUUAUUUGGGAUUUCAUUGCCGAAUUGUCCAAUCCAAUCAGUUAAUCGGUAGUCGUGCGAUUUAGUGAAUAAUCUGAGAAGGAGAAACCACUGGAAAUCGUGAGAACAACAAUGGAGAUGCACCUGCUCACUGAUACGUUGUCCAUGGAUUGAAGAAUAGAACAAGCAUGGACAUCCCCUCGUUAUUCAAGAAUUAUUGAAGAAUUAAAACAAUUAUUGAGUAGAAAGAAAAGAAAAGAAAAAAGUGCAACGAUAGAUCCAAGAGAUAAUAUAUUCUAAAGUAAGGGCAUGUCUGAGACAGAGGCUGGCGCCUCCUGGCAGCAGCACUACGUGUGGGGUAUGAAUUAUCCGCAUCAUCAGUACAAUCUUCAUCAGCAGUCUCAGUAUCAACUACCGUAUCAUCAUCAUCAUCCUCACAAUCAUCAAUCAAGCUCAUUGAAUGGCAACCAAUCGUACUUAUCAACAUCUGGUGAACAGUCAAUGUCGAUACAGUCGAGCCAGCAAGAGACAUCGUCCCAUCAUCAGCAUCAUCUCCAGUCACAAUCGGAUUAUCAACGUUUGUCAAACACCAUCAGACGUCAGAGUAUACCUUACGAUGGACACUCAGGUGAUCCUAUGAUAACAUCCUCUCUUAAGGGAAAACAAACAAAGGAUGGACCCGAGGAGAAGAAGGACGCUGAUGGUGAGCUUUGGGGCAAUGUCGAGGCACAGGCCGCCUUUUUGGGGCCCAAUAUUUGGGACAAAACACUGCCCUAUGAUGCCGACCUGAAGGUAUUGAAUCAUUACGUCGAUCUGGAUGAAUUUCUCUCGGAGAAUGGAAUCCCCGUGGAUGGGGUUGGCGGGGGUGGUCAGGGUGCGAUGCAGGGAAGUCAAUUACACAAAAUGAGUAACAGCAGUAAUGAGGCAACAAGCCAUCAAGGACCAGCUGGACUGCACCUGGAGCCAGUGACAAAACGCGAGAGAUCGCCAUCACCGAGUGAUUGUUGCUCACCAGAUACUCUAAAUCCACCAUCACCAGCCGAUUCGACGCUCUCGAUGGCGUCAUCGGGGCGGGAUUUUGAUCCGCGGACUCGAGCCUUCUCCGACGAGGAGCUGAAACCCCAGCCGAUGAUAAAAAAAUCACGAAAACAGUUUGUACCCGAUGACUUAAAGGAUGACAAAUACUGGGCACGUCGAAGGAAGAACAACAUGGCCGCUAAGAGAUCGAGGGACGCACGUCGCAUGAAGGAGAACCAGAUUGCACUCAGGGCGGGCUUCCUCGAGAAAGAGAACAUGGGCCUUCGACAGGAACUCGAUCGAUUAAAGAACGAGAACAUGUUACUACGAGACAAAUUGAGCAAGUACACGGAUGGUUAACCAAUGGCUGACUACUGAGGUUUACCCCAAUGACAGCAGGGCUCUAUUUUUAUGAAAAAAAAAUAAUAAUGAAUAAAGAAAAAUCCAACCGUACUGUCUUCGGGUGAAUCCAGAAUUCACUCGUCCAAUGGAGAACGUGUAAAUUAUUCUCCCUUCCUCGCGGCUAUGUCUUUCCUAUGGAAAUAACAGGAACAAAAAUCACCAGAAAUUUCUUUUUCUCGGAAAAACCCAUGAUUUUACAAUUUGAUAACACAAAAGCAUAAACCUGAACGAGUCAUUUCCUUCCUAAUCUCCACCGUCGCAGCCUCAUUUGUACAUAGUUUAUUGUAUGUAUAGUUAGAUUAUUUGUCAUAUGUUGUAGUAUAAAAAUAAUUUCACGGAGACAAAAGCAGAAAUAAGAAAAUGGAAAGAAACAUCGUUAGAAGGGAUUAUCCGAUUAAUGAGAGGAAGGGAGGAUCCGGUGGUGUGCGUCUGAUUAUUUGUGGGUGAGUGUUGAGUGAAUGGGUGUGUGAUUACUCAUUAUGACCUUUUGUCCAUCGAGUGAUUGUCCAUUGAAAAUGGGAGAGGAAAAUUCAUUGGUGAAUUCAAUAUUUCAAAUAAAUAUCUAAAUUCUAAUACGAUUCAUCAGUCGAUGUGCGCGAGAAUGACAGUAGAAUCAUUUCUUUACAUUCGUUUAUCGAGAUUGCGCAAAUAUUGACGGAUUUAGAAAAAAAAAAUUUCCAGUUACAUUGACGUAGCUAUUUUAGAGGAGUACACCGACAAUUUUUACCCAUUUACUUGGCAAUCCCUGUGUUCUCUUCCUUGGGCUAGAAAAAUAAUAACGAUAUCAACGUGAAAAAGAGUAGACAAUUUAUCAACUAGCCUUUUCUUCUUUUUAAGUUUUUAGAUGUUUAUUUUGUUUAUAUGUAAUACGUAAUACGUAAGAUUUAUAUUGUACAGAGGAAUUGGUACUGUAAUUCAAACAUCUGUGAAAUAAUUAUUGAUAUGAACAAGUGAAUCGUCACUCUACCAAUUUCUUUAUACAUGUUGAUAAAAUCAUCAGAGUCAAAAGUAAAAGAGAGUUAUUAAAAUGUAACAUUAGAUGCUGUGCAGUUGUACACGCAAAUUGGACAAGAAUUUAUCGAUUAGAGAAUUUUUAAGAAAUCAAAGUUUUUUUUUUGCUGAAAACAAACCGAGAGUGAUUAACGAUACUAUUUUGAUUUUUGUAUUCUUUAUUUUUUUUUUUGUUGUUUCCCUUAUUUUCUGUUAUCGAGCCACUUACGCGCACUGUCGAACAAAUUUCGAGAAAUCGGCCUAAUGUCCAUUUGAAUUUUUUUACCAAACGACCGAAAGUCGUUUGAACUCGGCAUGCUUUGAUCAGUUGAAUAUUUACGUUGCGGAAUCAUGCGUAGACUUUUGAAAAUUAUUGUUUUUAAUGGAUAUAGGAGAAUAAAUUGAUUUGAUAUUUAUGAAAACUUAUGGAUUACAUGAACUAACCAAUACUUACGAAAUAAUCAAAGUCUAGAAGAACAACACGAAGAGAGAGAAAAACAAAUACACGUAAUAAAUAGAUAACACGUAUCCGAUCCGCAAGCAAAUCAGAUAUAACGGGGGAUUUAAGAGUGCGCUGAGAGGAAAAAUUUACAGAGAGAGAGAGAGAACGUAAUGUUUAUCGACGCAAGAAGAAACAAACUAUUGUAUCACCUUCCUAAAAGAAUAUAUGUAUUUGUUAUUGUUUUA